AUGGAUUCACCAAAGGUUAACAAAAAGAGUUCUCCAAAAGUUCUGAAACAAAGAGCACAAUGGAGUUUGGGGCUUGAAAAAGGUCUGGUGGAGCUACUUAUGGAGCACGAUACUCCUUACCACAGAGGGCAAAAUGGAUGGAGCAAGGAAACUUGGAACUUGAUGGUGACAAAAUUCCAUGCAAAACACAAACAUGUGAAGUUCUCGAAGUCUCAAAUUCAAGAUAAGGAGAAGGAGCUCAAAAGAGAAUACAGGAUGUUAAAAGAAGCCCGAAAGCAAAGCGGUGUUGGCUGGGAUGACAAAAGAUGUAUGAUCGAAGCUGACACCGACCUUUGGGACAAUCUGAUGAUUUCAUAUCCAAGUAUCGGGAAAUUCAAGAAGAAAUCUUUUCCUCUCUUUGACUCGCUAGGAGAACUCUAUGAUGGGCAUACAGCUGAGGGUACCUACAGUUUCACAUCAAUUGCACAACCAUCACAAAUUAACGAAGACUUUGAAGAUGAAAUAGAGGUUGAGGAAGUAAAAGAAAGUGACGACUUGGAGAUGAUGAAUCAAGUGCAACAUGAUGAAGAUGACUUGCAAAUUCUGGAUCAAAUGGAUGUUGCACAUAGGAAGGAGGAUGUCAAUCCAAGUGAAGAAGUGGGUCGUACAAUGGCUGGUUCAGGAAAUAUGCCCCAAAAGAAACCCAAGAAGGAGAAGCGCAAGAACAGUGGCAAGUAG